AUGUCUUGCCUCUUGAAAGCUUCUUCCCAGGCUGGAGGUAGUGGUUGUGGCAAAGUAUGCAGCAGUGGCAGCAGCUUCAGCAGUAGCAGCAGAUGUUACCUGGGGAGUGGCUCUGCUCGGGGCUUCAGAGGCUCCAGCAGCUGUGGACUGAGUGGAGGUUUUGGCAGUGGGUUAGGACGGGGCUUUGGAGGUGGGUACAGUAGCAGCUCCCGAAUGGGAGGCCAUGGAAGUGGCUCAGCCUCCAGUACUAGCUUUGGUGGAGGCUUUUAUAGUUAUUGUGCUGGUGCCGUGAGCAGCAGUGGAACUGGUAGUUUGGGUGCCAGUGAUGGGGGCCUUUUCUCUGGAAGUGAGAAGCAAACCAUGCAGAGCCUCAAUGACCGCCUGGCUAGCUACCUGGACAAGGUCCAUGCUCUGGAAGAGGCCAACACUGAUCUGGAGACCAAAAUCAAGGAAUGGUAUGAUAAAUCUGAGGCUAAAGAUGCUGAAUCUAAGAAAGACUAUGACAAGUAUUACCUCAUAAUCGAAGAUCUAAGAAACCAGAUCAUUGCGGCCACCGUUGACAAUGCCAAGAUCAUCACACCUAUUGACAAUGCUAGGUUGGCUGCUGAAGACUUUAGAAUGAAGUAUGAGAAUGAGCUUUGUCUACGGCAGUCUGUGGAAGCAGACAUAAAUGGCCUUCACAAAGUACUUGAUGAAUUGAACAUGACCACAUCAGACCUGAAAAUGCAAUAUGAAAGCUUGAAUGAGGAGCUGGUUUAUCUCAAGAAGAAUCAUGAAGAGGAAAUGAAGAGUACACAGGGAAUGAAUCAUGGGGAUGUCAAUGUGGAGAUGAAUGCUGCUCCAGGAACAGAUCUGACAAAACUGCUGAACAACAUGAGGACCCAGUAUGAGGAGCUGGCUGAGCAAAACCGUGGGAGGGAGGCAGAAGAGCAGUUCCACAAGCAGAGUGCAACCUUGCAAGCACAGAUCUCCACUGAUGCAGGAGCAGCUGAUUCAGCCAAGAGUGAGAUGCUGGAGCUGAAGAGGACUCUUCAGGGCCUGGAGAUUGAGCUUCAGUCCCUAAUGACCAUGCAAGACACCCUGGAAGGCACCCUCGCUGACACCGAAGCAAGCUAUGUGGCCCGGCUCUCCCAAAUGCAACUUCAGAUCAGCAGCCUGGAGGAACAAAUUUGCCAGAUCAGAGGAGAGGUGGAUUGUCAGAACGCAGAAUAUGAACAGCUGUUGAACAUCAAGACCCGCCUGGAGAUGGAGAUUGAGACUUACCGCAGUCUGCUUGAUGGAGAAGGGAGUAGUUCUAGAGGCAAGGGAGAAGGAUCAAGAGGUCUACCAUCUGUUGACUCAGGCACAGACCAGUGGAAGGGAGAAUCAAACAAAAUCAGAGUGACCAGGAUGAUGAAAGAAGACUCCACUAAUAGCCAAGGGGUGUCAUCUCAAGCUAAUUAUAUUUCUGGAAUGAAAAUCAAAUAA